GGUAAUGAUCCUUACAGCUGGUUCCCGGAAGUGCGGGUAAACAUCACGUGACGUUGAUGUCAGCUGAUCUGCCGCCGACAUCUUUGCGAGUCACGACUUCCCCGAUUAAUUCAAACCUCCUCUGUGAUUCUUAGGCCCCUGUGGAUCUUUGACAGCCGUGACCAUGGCGCUCAGCGAUGCCGACGUUCAGAAGCAGAUCAAGCACAUGAUGGCCUUCAUUGAGCAGGAGGCCAAUGAGAAGGCAGAAGAAAUUGAUGCAAAGGCAGAGGAAGAGUUCAACAUUGAGAAGGGCCGUCUGGUCCAAACCCAGAGGCUGAAGAUCAUGGAGUACUAUGAGAAGAAGGAGAAGCAGAUUGAGCAGCAGAAGAAAAUUCAAAUGUCAAACCUGAUGAACCAGGCUCGACUGAAGGUCCUGAAGGCUCGCGAUGAUAUGAUCUCUGACAUGCUGAACGACGCCCGCCAGCGGCUCGCUAACAUCGCCAAAGACCCAGCCAGGUAUUCAGCUCUGAUGGACGGACUGAUUCUACAGGGAUUCUAUCAGUUGCUGGAGUCCAAAGUGACGAUUCGUUGCCGUAAACAGGACGUUCCGAUGGUGCAGCAAUCCAUCCAGAAGAACAUCUCUAUUUAUAAAGCAGCUGUGAAGAACAGCCUGGAGGUCCGCAUCAACCAGGACAACUUCCUCCCUCCAGAUGUGUCUGGAGGUAUUGAGAUCUAUAACGAGGAUGGGAAAAUUAAAGUGGCCAACACCCUGGAGAGUCGACUGGACCUCAUGGCUCAGCAGAUGAUGCCUGAAGUCCGAGUGGCUCUCUUCGGCGCCAACCAAAACCGCAAGUUUUUGGACUGAGGACCUGCGUUCAGGACAAACACUCCUUUUUAUUUCUCAUUGUUUUAUGAAACGCAUCAUUCCUUCGUCUGUGAAACAAAAUUACCGACGCAGAAAAGACUCGUCGUUGUUUGUGUGAUGUAUCGCUGUACGUUUCUAAGGGACGUAGAAGCUAAUGUUACAGAUGUGCGCGGAGGUCGCCGCACAGCUGUAAGGACCGGUUUUUACUCUGCUGCUCCCCCUCAGUGGCUCUCAGUUCCCAGUGAUUAGUCAGGGAUUAGUGUGCCUGUUUAACAGGUCGUCCCCUAAUCGGAUCAGCCUUCGACAAACGAAGCUUUUGUGCCGCAGUUUUCCGAGUCUCAUUAUCAGUCUGCUCCAACCAAUCACAGGCAAAUCAACGUCACCCUAGAAACAAAACCCAACACGGCUGCAUUAAUUUAUUGACGCUGCAUCGAGCGUACGUUAUUCUCGUCAUUCCAGGAGGUGCACUGUAUGUAUAUGAGGUUUCCAAACUAAAUUAUGUUUGUGUGCUUGUUUUUCUUUGUGACUGUGUCCCACUGUAAAUGUAAAAAAAAAAUUAUAAAAGGUCUAAACUAUGAGUCUGUCCCUCUGUGCUGUUUUUGACUCGUCCUGCCAAUUCAUGCCUCGUUCAUUAGUUUA